AUGGAUGUAGGGGUUUCGGAAAAUUUCAUUGAUAAUUUGUAUGAUCAAUUAGCACUAUUAAUUUGUUCUUCCCCUCUCCUUUCCUCCUACUCCUUUCCUCUCAAUUCCACUCCACUACUCCUCUUCUCUACUUUCCUCCUCCUCCCUCCUCAUACCACUAAUCUUUUCUCAUACUACUCUCUCUCUCCUCUCCUACUUCUAUUCCUCUUCCCUUUUCCUUUCCUCCUACUCCUCUGCUUCUCUCCUUUCCUCCAACUUCCACUCCCCUACUCCCCUUCUCUCCUUUCCUCCUCCUCCCUCCUCAUACCACUACUCUUCUUUUCUCAUACUACUCUCUUCUCCUCUCCUACUAUUAUUCCUCUUCCCCUCUCCUUUCCUCCUACUCCUCUGCACCUCUCCUUUCCUCCAACUUCCACUCCCCUAAUCCUCUUCUCUCCUUUCCUCCUCUCCCCUCUCAUUUCCUCCUACAACUCUUCCUCUUCUCCCACUACUACUCCUCUUCCCCUCUCCUUUCCUCCUACCCCCGCUCCUCUCCUUUCCUCCUACUCUCAUGCUCCUUUCCUUUUACUCCCCGGCUCCUAUGUAUCCUUUCCUCCUACUCCUCUAUUACUCUCAUUUCAUCCCCUCCUUUUCUCCCAUUUUUUUACACGUCAAAUCCUUUUGCAAAAAUACAGUAUACAAUUAAUUCAAGAAAAAUUUGAAAAGAUUUUUUAA